UUGGACCACUAAUCAUACAAAAUAUCAACAUUCUUCUGUCCAACAUCACAUAAUACUAUUCAAUAUUCUCUCACCUUUUAUCUCUCUCUCCCCAUCUCUACUAUCACCAAAAGAAGCUAAAUCCCAGCAUUUCUCGUGGAUAACUAAAAGAAAAAUUUAGGAGAGAGAAAGAAAUCAUGAUCAAGAAAGCAUCUCCCAUUCGCCUUGUAAUGAUGAUCAAGCUCAUAAUCCUACUUCUUAAAGAUGCAUCAUUUGCCGAUCCAAGAGCUCGGACAAUCAAGCUCAUAUGUGGGACCCACCUCCAACACGACAGCAACGUUUUUGUCCCAAAUUUCUUCGCCACCAUGAACAACGUGAGCCUCCAAAUAAGCACUUCGGGCUUCGGCGUGGCGGAGACGGGCCGGGGGCCCGACGGGAGCUACGGCUUCGCGCAGUGCUUCCGCGACAUCCCCCGGACCGAGUGCGCCCUCUGCUACGCCGAGGCCCGUACCAACGUGCCCCAGUGCCACCCCGCCAACGGGGGCAGGAUCUACCUCGACGGCUGCUUCUUGCGCUACGCGAACUAUAGCUUCUUUCACGAGUACCGCGGUCCAAGCGACCGGGUCGUUUGUGAGAAUCGAACCCGAAAGGAUUCCGUGUUCCAGGAAUCCGUCAGAAAGGCUAUUCUAGAUGCAGCUUCUGCUGCGCCUAGAAAUAGCGGGUUUGGGUGGGCUCGGGCCCCCGCGGGUGAUCAAGGCGAGUCUGCCUAUGUUUUGGCGGACUGCUGGAGAACGCUCGAUGCCCGGGCCUGCCGGGCCUGCCUGGAGAACGCGUCCGUGUCCGUUUCGGGCUGCUUGCCCUCGUCAGAGGGCCGGGCCCUCAACACAGGCUGUUUUAUGAGGUAUUCGGACACUAACUUCCUUAACCCUAUGCCCGGAAAUGGAAACCAUAGAGGCAGAGUUGUGGCCAUUGCGGCCGCGGCAAUAACUGCUGCGGCCGCUAUAGCAAUUGGAGUCACCAUUGGAUUUUACACAUGGAAGAAUAGAACCAUCCAGAAGAAAAGAAAAGGUGAUGCAGAGAAAUUGCUCAAAAAUCUCAAUGAUAGAAACUUGCACUUCAAAUAUUCCACCCUCGAGAAAGCCACCGAUUCCUUCAACGAAGCAAACAAGCUCGGACAAGGCGGAUUUGGCUCGGUGUAUAAGGGAGUUUUGGGAGACGGAAGAGAGAUUGCUGUGAAAAGGCUUUUCUUCGACACGAAACACAGAGCAUCGGAUUUCUACAACGAAGUAAACAUCAUAAGCAGCAUCGAACACAAAAAUCUAGUGAGGUUACUAGGUUGCAGUUGCUUGGGACCAGAGAGUCUUCUUGUUUAUGAAUAUCUGCCAAACAAGAGCCUUGAUCAAUUUAUCUUUGAUUCAAACAGAAGUGAAGCAUUGAAUUGGGAGAAGAGAUUGCAAAUAAUUAUAGGAAUAGCAGAGGGAUUGGUGUACCUCCAUGAGAAAGCACACACAAAAAUCAUCCACAGAGACAUAAAAGCGAGCAAUAUACUAUUGGAUUCCAAAUUAAGUGCUAAAAUCGCAGAUUUUGGGCUGGUUAGAUCUUUCAAUGAAGAUAAAAGCCACAUCAGCACAGCCAUUGCCGGAACUUUGGGAUACUUGGCCCCUGAGUACCUCGCCCGCGGACAAUUGACUGAGAAAGUGGAUGUUUAUAGCUUCGGCGUGCUUUUACUUGAGAUCGUCACCGGCACACAGAACAACGGAAGUCAGAACUCUGAGCUCGUAGACAGCAUGCUAACUCAAGCAUGGAGGCAUUUCGAGCAAAGAAUAAUUGAUGAGCUCAUUGAUCCAAACCUAAUGCCACAUGAUAAUAAUGACAUAAAAAAUGAGAUCUUACGAGUCUUUCACGUAGGGCUAUUGUGUAGCCAAGAAGUGCCGUCGCGGCGGCCAUCCAUGUCCACGGCGUUGACGAUGCUGAUCGGGAAACAACACCUCCCAACACCGACGAGCCCUCCAUUCGUGGACGAGAUAACUAUGCAGCUAGAGGAGGAGGACCCGAGUCGGGGCACAUCGCCAAUGCUCGGUCAUAGCAAUGCCACUAUAUCUCGGAGCAUUUUUCUUCCGAGAUAGUAGUGCACAAUGUAUGCUAAAGAUUUCACCUCACUAAAAAAAUAAUUAAUUAUUUGUUUUUUUUUUUAGAUGGGGUUCAGCCUACCUCGGGUAUGCCAUUAAUGCUAAUGACAUUGUGUUAUCGAGAGUUAAAACUAGAGAAGCAAAUCAUUUGGUAGUAAUAUUCGUAAAUACUUCCUUCA